AAUACGUGUAAACUAAUUGGUUUACAUGAACGUUAUAGCGCUUACAAAUGGAGGUAUAGAUACUGGAAUUUCUUUUUUUUCUACUAGUAAUGACAACGAUCAGCGACUUAUAGUGGUACUGCGGGACUGCAUCGGGCUUUAUGACACUGGGAGGGAACUGACCUGGUGUCACUGAAAUCCCCAGGGACACCAAUACAGUGAUCAUGCUAAUAAAAAACACUGACACUGUACUAAUGGCACUAGGCAGAAAGGGGUUAACAUGUGGGGC